UAGCUUAAGGAUGGAAGGAAUAAGGGUUGGAAGGCCAGCAGCAAUGCAAUUCUCCUGUGUUGCCUGAAAAUGGUUUGGCACACAUCUAAAGCCGCCUCUGCUGCACAAGUCAUCUUUGUCUAGCAAGAUGGUUUCUCUGUUUCAAGGGGUUCAUCACCUACCUAUCUGGCUUUUGCUUUUUAUGUCCUUCUGGAGCCUUUCUGAAGAGGGGAAGCUCUUGGUGAUUCCUGUGGACGGAAGUCAUUGGCUCAGCAUGCAUUCGUUAGUACUGCAGCUUCAGCAAAGAGGACACCACAUAGUCGUGGCUGCGCCGGAAGUGAGUGCUCUGAUAGAGCCCUCAGAGCAUUACACACUGAAAACGUACUUUGUGCCAUAUACCAAGGAGUACUUGGAAGCAGAAUUUAGAAGGCUGGGCCAUCAAGUAUUUACCCCUCGACCUUUCCUGGAAAGGGUCACUCAAACAUUCGCAAGAAUAGGAAAUAUUACAACGUUCUUAUUGAAUUCCUGCAAACAGCUUCUCUCCAACAAAGAGCUCAUCAUAUCCCUCAAAGAAAGUGCAUUUGAUGCAGUCUUGAUGGAUCCAAUAUUUCUGUGUGGACAAGCUGUGGCUGAGUAUUUGUCACUACCUUCAAUUUACUUCUCCAGGGGAAUUCCAUGUGGGUUAGAAUUUCAGGCUGCCCGGUGUCCAAACCCUCCUUCUUACAUCCCCAGAUUUUUCACCCACUAUACAGACCACAUGACAUUUCCCCAGCGCAUGUGGAAUAUCAUAGUCAGCUCAGCCCUAUCCUGGAGCUGUUCCCUUCUUUAUUCGUCCCAUGAAGAUCUGAUCAGGGACUUCCUUCAACAAGAUGUGACCAUGACAGAGCUUUUAAGUCAUGCAUCUAUUUGGCUGCUGAAAUAUGACUUUGCGUUUGAGUAUCCGAGGCCUGUGAUGCCUAACAUAGUUUUAAUUGGUGGCGUGACUUGUGGCCAGCAGAAACCAUUAUCUCAGGAAUUUGAAAGCAUUGUGAAUGCCUCAGGGGAACAUGGCUUUGUAGUCUUCUCCUUGGGCUCAAUGGUCUCUGAGAUCCCCAUGAAGAAAGCCCAGCAGUUUGCUGAAGCCUUUGGAACAAUACCUCAGACAAUUCUUUGGAGGUACACUGGACAACCACCACCCAAUCUUGCAAACAACACAAAGCUAAUCAAAUGGCUGCCACAGAAUGAUUUACUUGCUCAUCCCAAAGCCCGCGCCUUUAUCACUCAUGGAGGCUCGCAUGGCAUCUAUGAGGGAAUAUGCAAUGGAGUGCCAAUGGUUUUGAUGCCAUUAUUUGGAGACCAGAUGGACAAUGCUAAGCGGAUAGAAUCCCGGGGUGCGGGAGUGACACUGAAUGUACUUGACAUGACUUCUAAGGACCUAUCGGCUGCAUUGAACACAGUGAUUUAUGAUAAAAGCUAUAAAGAAAAUAUCAUGCGCCUCUCAGCCCUUCACCUCGACAGACCCAUCCAUCCUCUUGAUCUUGCAGUGCACUGGAUCGAAUUUGUGAUGAGACACAAGGGGGCACCGCAUUUGCGGCCUGCAGCCCACGAUCUCAACUGGAUCCAGUACCACUCUUUGGAUGUCAUUGCUUUUCUCCUGGCUGUGGUGCUCGUGGCCAUGUUCAUCUCUUGGAAGUGUUGCCUGUUCUGCUGCCGGAAGUGUUUCUGUAAAAAAGGAAGAGUGAGCAAAUCAAGCAAAACAAAAGCACAGUAACAAAGGGGUAAAGAUGGGGCUUAGCUCCAGAGCUUUGGGAAUGUAGAUCUCCUCCGAGCAUAGUCCCAGGAAAGUAAUUUCCCACAGUGAGCUCAGUAAUUGUUCAACACAUAUUCUGUUUAAAUAGCCACACAGUGUUCCGUCUUCCCAUGUUUUGAUUUUGUCUCCCAUUAAUUCAGAAUGUUUGUGAAAACUUUGGUUAAAGCUUGUCUGAUUGUUAAAAAUAAUUCACCCUGUAACACUAUGGGGUGGUGCACAGAGUACUAACAGGAGUCCUCGGUUCCACUUCUGGUUGUGCUGGUCGCUCACUAGCUGACUACGGCUCUGUAUCUCAGUUUUCUCAUCUGUGCAGUGCGGGUAACAAAACGUCUACUGUGGCACUACUAGGGUGCCCAUCACUCAGGUGAGUGUCUGGUGCAUCAUAUUUAUAAAGCAUUGUGAGCGCUUUGGGUGAAAGUUGUUCCAUAAGUUCCAAGGACAGCAUGUCAUCCUAGCAGCCCGUCGCCUGGAAAUAGAGAAUGGUAUUUGUUCUGAGCAGUUUCAAAAACACUGAAUAUGAACAAAUUUCCCAUUUGAAGGUAUUACUGAACCAGCCCUGCCUAAUCAAGUUUCAUUCCAGCUGGAGCACUGAACCGUGGGCAUCGGAGUCAAGUGAUUUGAUCUUUGUUAUUGAUACUCUGUUAAAAAUAAACACAACAAAAAUCAGUAUAAUUAAAGGGAAAAGAAAACAGCUUUUUUUCCUCA